AAAUUUUCAAAUAGAAAAAAGCAAAAAGUAAUAAAAUAAUUGUCUCAUCCUGUUAGGAAACCAUACACUUUUCGAUAAAUGUUGCCAUUCGUGUUCCAACCAGUCAGCAAUCUCCCUCUCUUGGUCUAUAAAUACCACCUCUACUACCUUCUCCUCCGACCCUCUCUCUCUCUCUCUUGGAUCGCCGAGGUGCGUGCCUGUAAAUUCUUCCAAGAAGUCAUCUUCUUACUGUUGUUUCUGCAUUAUAGGGGAAUGUGCAGCUUUUACUGCAAGAUAAAAAUGGCGAGAACUCCCAUCGUUUUGAUGGGGCUACUGCUCUUUUGCUGCUGGGAAGCCAUCGCAGCUACAGAUUACAUGAAAUAUAAGGAUCCGAAACAACCAUUGAAUGCUCGGAUUAAGGACCUGAUGAAACGGAUGACCUUAGAGGAAAAAAUUGGUCAAAUGGUGCAGAUUGAUCGGUCUGUAGCAUCCGGUGAUGUGAUGAAAAAAUACUUCAUUGGAAGUGUUCUUAGCGGAGGAGGGAGUGUUCCAGCGAAAGAGGCUUCAGCCGAGACGUGGAUUAACAUGGUUAAUGAAUUCCAGAAGGGCUCUUUAUCGACCCGUCUGGGAAUUCCAAUGAUGUAUGGGAUUGAUGCUGUUCAUGGCAACAACAAUGUAUACAGGGCAACAAUUUUUCCUCACAAUGUAGGACUUGGAGCCACCAGGGACCCAGAACUUGUCAGGAAGAUUGGAGCAGCAACUGCUCUUGAAGUUAGAGCUACAGGCAUAUCUUAUGCUUUUGCGCCAUGUAUUGCGGUUUGCAGAGACCCGAGAUGGGGUCGAUGUUACGAAAGCUACAGUGAAGAUCAUAAGAUUGUUCAAGCAAUGACUGAGAUCAUACCAGGAUUACAAGGGGACAUCCCCUCUGGUUCUCCCAAGGGUGUUCCUUACGUCGGUGGAAAAGAUAAGGUUGCAGCUUGUGCUAAGCACUAUGUUGGUGAUGGGGGAACAACUAAAGGCAUCAAUGAGAACAACACUGUGAUAAAUGCACAUGGAUUGUUCAGCGUCCACAUGCCAGCCUACUACAACUCAAUUAUCAAGGGUGUGGCAACUGUCAUGAUCUCUUACUCGAGCUGGAACGGCGAGAAGAUGCAUGCUAACUACAAGCUUAUCACUGGUUUUCUCAAGAACACUCUAAACUUCAGGGGUUUUGUCAUUUCAGAUUGGCAAGGCAUUGACAGGAUCACCUCUCCACCACAUGCUAACUACUCGUAUUCCAUUCAAGCUGGAGUUCAUGCUGGCAUUGACAUGAUCAUGGUUCCAUACAACUAUACAGAAUUCAUUGAUGGCCUAACCUUCCAAGUGAAGAACAAUAUCAUUCCCUUGAGUCGAAUUGAUGAUGCAGUGAAGAGGAUCUUACGAGUUAAAUUUGUGAUGGGUCUAUUUGAAAACCCACUUGCAGAUACCAGCUUUGUCAAACAGCUAGGAAGCCAGGAGCAUAGAGAAUUGGCAAGAGAAGCUGUGAGGAAAUCACAAGUGCUGCUAAAGAAUGGUGAGUCUGCUGAUGAGCCUCUGCUGCCCCUUUCUAAGAAAGCAUCCAAAAUACUCGUCGCUGGAAGCCAUGCUCACAAUUUGGGUUAUCAAUGUGGUGGGUGGACAAUCGAGUGGCAAGGACUUGGUGGAAACAACCUAACUGCUGGUACCACAAUCCUGGAAGCCAUAAAAACCGCAGUUGAUCCAAAAACUGAAGUUGUCUACAAUGAGAACCCCGAUGCCGACUUUGCCAAGUCGGACAAGUUUGACUAUGCCAUUGUUGCAGUGGGAGAGCACCCAUAUUCAGAGACAGAUGGAGACAACUUGAAUCUGACAAUCCCUGAACCUGGCCCGAGUACUAUAACAAAUGUCUGUGGAGCAGUGAAAUGUGUUGUUAUCAUCAUCUCCGGGCGCCCUGUCGUGCUUCAACCAUAUAUUGACAGAAUAGAUGCAAUUGUGGCUGCUUGGCUCCCUGGAACUGAAGGCCAAGGCAUAGCUGAUGUCCUGUUCGGUGACUAUGGUUUCACAGGCAAGCUUUCUCGCACUUGGUUCAAGACUGUUGAUCAGCUCCCAAUGAAUGUUGGGGAUCCACAUUAUGACCCCCUCUUCUCAUUUGGAUUUGGACUCACAACAAAAGCUACCUCCACCUAGGAUUUCCAACUGGGUGUGAAUUUUUUUGGAUUGAUUGUUCAAUAAAUGUUCCUAGCUAAAGGAAUUUAGUUGUGAUUUUUACAUUUGAAAACAAUAAUAAUACUUUUGGUCAUUCCCAAUAAUUUGUACCUAGAGGGAUUUUGUUUAGUGACUAUGUAAUUGAAGUCACGAGGUUCAUGGCA